GGCUGGGUAAGAUCACGUCUCCCGUCUCUUUCUGUAGCUCUCAUUCCAGCACAGGAUCUCAGCAAUUUUGCCCUCUUCCCCCGUGCCCACUUCAGCGCUCAGAGUCCUUUCUUCUCUCUCAUUUACAACUUCUUUUAAAAAGAGAACAUUUUCUAGAGAAAAGGGAUUUGCUAAACAGAAAGGACAUAAAACAAAAGCCACAGCAACCCGACUUCCAGCAUGGCAUUGUCACCAGCCCCCUUUGCAUGGUGAUGCGAUUAAGGUAGCGGCGUUUUUAUUAUUCGGGAAAAGCAGCUGGGGAAUCCAUCAGUUCUAAGGCUUUGUCUUUCCUUGGUUAGCUGAUGGUCCUGAGCCCCGGUUUGACCUGACCAUGAUGCCUAGGACUGGCACUUUUUGUUUUUUCUCAGCAAACUGUACAAACCCAAAUCUCUUUUUGAUUUUCAAGGAAACUAGAUUCCUGCCAGAUUUCGAAUCUGGACAAUAAAUAGAUACUUUGUCCUAGCUUUUUUCUGGAAUCAUUUCGGGGAUAUUUUCCACAAGCAUCACAGAAACAGGAAUGAACCGGCAGCUAGUGAACAUUUUGACAGCCUUGUUUGCAUUUUUCUUAGAGACAAACCACUUCAGGACGGCUUUCUGCAAAGACCAUGACUCCAGGUCUGGAAAACAGCCUUCACAGACCCUAUCGCCUUCAGAUUUCUUGGACAAAUUAAUGGGAAGGACAUCAGGAUACGAUGCAAGAAUCAGGCCAAAUUUUAAAGGUCCUCCAGUAAACGUUACUUGCAAUAUUUUUAUCAACAGUUUUGGAUCAGUCACAGAAACCACCAUGGACUACCGAGUGAACAUUUUUCUGAGACAACAGUGGAAUGAUUCACGGCUGGCAUAUAGCGAGUACCCUGAUGAUUCCCUGGACUUGGACCCAUCCAUGCUGGACUCCAUUUGGAAACCAGAUUUAUUCUUUGCCAAUGAGAAGGGUGCCAACUUCCAUGAUGUCACCACCGACAACAAAUUGCUUCGAAUUUCAAAAAAUGGCAAAGUACUCUACAGUAUCAGACUCACCUUGACCUUAUCCUGUCCCAUGGACUUGAAGAAUUUUCCAAUGGAUGUCCAGACUUGUACAAUGCAGCUGGAGAGUUUUGGGUACACGAUGAAUGACCUGAUAUUUGAGUGGUUAAGCGAUGGUCCAGUUCAAGUUGCUGAAGGACUGACCCUGCCUCAGUUUAUUUUGAAAGAAGAGAAGGAACUUGGCUACUGCACAAAGCACUAUAACACUGGAAAGUUUACCUGCAUCGAGGUUAAGUUUCACCUGGAACGCCAGAUGGGAUACUAUCUGAUCCAGAUGUACAUCCCCAGUCUGUUGAUAGUCAUUUUGUCCUGGGUCUCCUUUUGGAUAAACAUGGAUGCAGCCCCUGCUAGGGUUGCACUGGGCAUCACCACUGUCUUAACAAUGACCACCCAGAGUUCAGGUUCCAGGGCAUCUCUGCCAAAGGUUUCCUACGUGAAAGCGAUUGACAUCUGGAUGGCGGUGUGCCUUCUGUUUGUGUUUGCUGCCUUACUGGAGUACGCGGCUGUGAACUUUGUCUCCAGACAACACAAGGAGCUCCUGCGGCUCCGGAGAAGACAGAAGAGACAGAAUAAGGUACAGUUGACCCUCAGCGCAGACAAAGUCGGGUAG